CAGCUCCAACCGAUUGAUGCAAGCUGUCUCGAAGCGUGGAGCGGGUCGGCUUGGUUUGUUGGUUAGGUAUAUCUCAUCGGCGUCACGACGGAUCUUUACAUUGUGCUUCCGAGGUCACGAGAGACGUCUGUAACGAUCCAAUUGCAAACGGGGAAACGCUGCCAGUAUUGUUGAUGACCACUUUCGUUUCAUUUAUUUCACAAUGAAGCUCUGGACAGCCAUCCCGGCUGCGCUCUCGCUCCUCAGCUUUGCGACGGCAAGCUCCGUCCGCCUUCCUUCAACCUUUAAGCCACCUCAAGUAUUCAAGAACGUCAAUCUGGUUCAUAUCAUAUCGCUCGAGAAGAUAUAUGUCAAGGAGCAGGUCAAUGUUCUCAUUGAGAACAUCGCCAGCACUCCUCAGGAUGAGUACUUUUUCCCGUUCACUGUCGACGAGCUGUCCCGGGUGGGUGGGUUCGAGGUGAAGGACCGGAAGAACGAAGAUGCAGGCACUUUUACGGUAGAAGCAGUCGAGUUCGACCCGAAAAGCGACCUGCAGUACUACCGGAUACGACUGCCCACUCCGCUCAAAGCUGGAGGCCAGCAGACCUUGGGAAUCACCUAUAACACCCUGAAUGCAGUUAGGCCGCUGCCUGCACAAGUGGCUCAGGACGGGAGCCAGUUCCUUGCGUACCGCUUCUCUGCGUACUGUCCAUCGGCCUAUGUUACCUCGAAGCAAAAGACAGAAGUCAAGUUCUCUUCGCCCAAUGUCCCCGACUACACCAAACUUCCCUCCGUCGAUGGCGACAAGCCCAACCCAGCAAAGCAGGGCUCUAAGCUCACCUACGGCCCCUUCGAUGAGAAGCCUGCCGGUGCCGUCGAGCCCGUCCAGGUUAGGUUCGAGUUCACCAAGCCCGUGACGCACAUUGCCCGCCUGGAGCGGGAUAUUGAAGUCAGUCACUGGGGUGGCAACGUCGCUUUCGAGGAGCGUUACACUCUUUUCAACAUGGGCGCCAACCUCAGCUCGCAGUUCAACCGCGUCAAGUGGGCCACCCAAAGCUACCACAACUCUCCCACACAUGCUCUCAAGGAGAUCAAAUUCCCUCUUCGUGUUGGCAGUUCCGAUGUAUACUAUUACGACGUCAUCGGCAAUGUCUCUACCUCGAGGUUCCGCAGCAACAAGCGGGAGGCCCUUCUGGAGGUGAAGCCACGUUACCCCAUCUUUGGUGGUUGGAAGUUCCCUUUUACCAUCGGAUGGAAUGCGGAUGCCAAGAACUUUGUGCGCCGUACUAGCGGAGGUCAAUACGUACUCAACGUGCCUUUUCUCGAGGGCCCUAAGCAGCCCGAAGGUAUCGAGUAUAGUCAGGUUCAGCUGCGACUGUUACUUCCUGAGGGAGCCACUAACGUCAAGUACCACACCAAAAUCCCUUCGUCGUCGAUCACGUCGGUUGAGGUUGGAACGCAGCAGACAUAUUUGGACACAAUCGGAAGGACAUCUUUGGUGAUCACAGCGCACAAUCUCAUUGAUGAGCACCGCGACCGGGAGCUUGUAGUAUCCUACGACUACUCGCUCACCGCAAGCUUGCGGAAGCCCAUUGUGAUCUUCACGAGCUUGAUGGGCGUUUUUGCGCUUGUCUGGGCUGCGGGCCAGGUUGAAACCAAGUUUUCUUACAAGAAGUAAAUGAGAACUGACCGAUAUUUAGAGGCAAGGCCUUCGUUAUGACGACGAGUUUUACAAGGGAAUUUGAUGAUGCAAAAGGCAGACACUCUGGCUUUGUUUGGCGCAUAUGUAAUACCAAUCUAACUCGGAAGGGAGAUACAAAACAAAAAAAAAGGUUCGCAUUUUCAAGCCUUGCUGAGGAAGCGCGCCGCUUGCUUUGCCCAGUUGCGUAGCUUCCUGAAGGCGUUUGGUGAUUCAAGAUCCGUGACUCUUUUGACACCAAUCUACAGCCGCCCAGUCAUAUAGAAUGAGGCAUACGAAACCAACUGAAGCAGUCACGAGGAACUUCAGCCCACGGACCCUUUGCUUAUGGUCGAUAGGGCUGCAUUGCGCUUCCGCGGAGGCCGCGCCCGACAAUGGAGUGCUAUAAGUAGAUUGUAUGUACUUGAUUGAAGCUGCAUAAGCACUUUAGCUAGUUUCAAUCGCCGAAUGCCCGGGCACCCACAUCUUUCGAAAGCGAAAUGUCUCGGUUCUGGCAAGGCGUAUCGGGGGUCUCAGAUUGAAAGAAAUGACAUUCUUCACCGAGUCUUCGUGAUGAGCUGAAAAGAACUGAAGAUAUGAUGUCCUCUUUUACGAUUUCCCUACUGCAGGUUCGGCUCGCGGUCUUUUCGGCAUUACCUCAUAGCUCCUGCACGACAAGCAGGGAUUUGCAAGGGGUCUUUUUUCGUCAACUUGGUUGUUG